GGUUGGAAGGAAGUUAGGGGUGGCCAAACCAAAACGUAGCAUCAUUCCUUGAAGUCAGUGACUUCUGGUCUGAGCCAUGUUGGUGGAUGCGAACUACUUGGUUAGGGUCCACGCGACUAUCGUAACCAAUGUUUGGGGACUCUGGGUGAUAUGGCUCAGAAUCGAUCACAAUGGAGUAGGUGUAUACACUCUUUGUCUUCCCUUAAACCGAGAGAUUAAAAUUACUUCAUACCUGUAAUAUAUCCUUAUAUACAAUAUUUCUUUUAUAUAUUACUAACAUGAAAGUAACUGCUUCUACGAAUUUGGUGUUCAUGUUGUUAUGCUAAUGAGGCAAGGCAACGUAGACCGAUGCAUGUAUGUUCCUGGUCUGACGUUGUAGCUGACUGAUUCAGAUUCACGUGUCCUGGUUUAGGCUUCCGAUCAUAAAUGUAGCCCAAGAGUCAGUGCAUUGUCAUGUGUCAGUUUAGUGAAUUCGGUUAACUGGGGAUUUAAUAUGACUAGAUCAAAUUGGCUUGCUAGUAUGUCAAUAUUUGAGUCCGAUUUCAAAUUAAAAGAUUUCUUUAGGAAUUUAACGAUGUAGCUACUCGAUAAAAUCACAAUCCGAAGUGUAAUCGAAAUACUAAAGAACAGUUUUUUCAUUUCACAAUAUGCUCAUCAGUGAUUCACCUUGACGUAUAUAACUCAAGCUGUUAAUAUUUUUCGAAUAUGGGCAAUUAACUGAAGAGAACAAACUACCAAAAUUUACUGAUCAUUGAAUUACAAGUGUAUCGCUCAACAUGUUCUAUUUCUCUAUUUUUCCGUAUCACAAAUCACCUAGUAUCCUGACUGGACAGUUUCCAGCGGGAUCUUUUGAUUAAUUACCACCCAUAUUAUCACUGUUGAAACUGACUGUAUCUGCAAAUAAUUUACAAUUUGUUAGUUUUAUUUGUUUCCAAUUUAAUUAACUUUUUUUUUCAAAAAAUUUCGAUUUCAGACUUUCUAAUCGUUGUUUUUGUGCUCAUUCAGUAAUCUUUUUGAUUUAAAUACAAUGCAUAUCACUCCAUAAACCUUCCGGACCCUGAUAUUUAAUUUUACGUUUAAAGACAUACAGUAUGAGGUUUAUACAGCUAAUAAUUGGCUGUGAACAAUGUGUUUACUGUUUUUCCUGACUUUAUUUAUUCAGUAUACUCUGAGGAUAGGUAGUGUGUUCCGUGAUAUUUCAAAAUGUUUUUAGAAUCUGAUGUAUUUUCACAGCUUGAACAAUAUGAGUUAUUUGAGAGACCAUCCUUUCGUAUCGCUCGAGAUAUUAGUGGACGGCAGACCAGGCAAACUGUAUUUUAUGCAUGGGGAAGAUCAUGGUAUUUGGUUCUUCAUCGUGAAACAUCGUUUCAUAAUUCUAACUUGUCAGUCAGAUUUAUCAGUACAAAUGGUACCUACUCUUUUUAUCCGAAAACAAAAUAUGCAGAAUUACAUACUGGCUAUGUAUCAGGUUCAAACCAAUCAUUUGUGUUAGCUCAUUUGGAACCAUACACUUCACUACUUAGCGCUCAUAUUCAUAUGGAAUCAGAUAUUUUUGUUAUUGAGCCAUUGUCUGAUUACACAAGCUAUAUUGGAAAUAAUUCUAUGUUAAUGUAUCGCCUAAAAGAUAUUCAGUUUAAAAAGAUACUAAAUAAAUCGAUGAAUUAUAAAUCAGCCACUUUAUUGGCCCUAGAAACUGAUACAUUUGAUGUCUAUAUUAGACGAAAACGUUUCAACCCCAUACAAUUACAGCGCAAACUUUGUCGCCUUACACUCGUCGCUGAUUACGAUUUUUUUACUAAUUUGGGAAAUAGAAAUGGACCUAAAACUAUCAGUUAUGUUAUUAAAGUAUUUGACCGGUUAAAUUAUCUGUUUCUUACUUCAAAAUUUUUGGAUGAUAAGCAUGAUGAAAUGAUUGGCUAUGGCUUUUUAUUACAUGAGAUCGUAAUCCAUGAAUCAUGGACAGCUGAUCACGGUCACUAUAAUUCACCAACUGAUUUAGGUGGGAAAAUCUGGACAGCUACAUCCCUGUUGCGUGCAUUUAGUCGAUUCGAUGCGAAACAGUCUUGUUUGGCUCAUUUACUUAGCUACAAAAGAAUAGAUGAAGGCAUUUUAGGGAUGUCUUGGUUGGCCUCCCCGGAUCCAAAGAAGUUAGGCGGUAUUUGUUCCCCACCUCUUCGUCGAAAUAAUAAAAAGGAUCUCUAUUUAAAUACAGGAUGGACUACCUAUGUAGAUUAUAAUGGUCAACAACUAGUGAACGCUUUGGCUGAAUUAAUCACAGCUCAUGAAUUAGGACAUAGUUGGGGCGCAGAUCAUGAUCCUGACACAGAUGAAUGCAAUCCUGCAGCUAUAAGUUCUGGAAAAUAUUUAAUGUAUACCUAUUCAGUUUCAGGUUACGCUGAAAAUAAUGGAAAAUUUUCACCAUGUAGUUUACGGACAAUUGGCGCUUGUUUGGUUACUCGUGCUCCAUUAUGUUUCGAAGAUUCAUCUGCGGCUCUUUCAAAUCUUUGUGGUAACAGUCGUAUUGAUGAGGGUGAAGAAUGUGAUGCUGGUCGAAAUCCACAUGAUCCUUGUUGUAGUUCUGAGUGUUAUUUUAGAACAGGUGCUCACUGUUCACCUUGGAAUCAUGGUUGUUGUACUUCUGAUUGCCAGUUAGCACCAAAGAAUACCAUUUGCGCACAAACUAGCAGUACUAAUCCUUGUUUAGGACCUGGUCAGUGUAAUGGUUUAUCAUCUAUUUGUCCAGGUCCAACACUUUUAUCCGGUGGUCAAUGUGAUGAAUAUGGGCGAUGUUUUCAGGGUAAAUGUCAUCCGUUUUGUUCUAGUCUGGGACUGGAAACUUGUAUCUGUGAUUCAGUUGAAGAAUCCUGCUUUAUUUGCUGUUUAUUUCCAACAUCAAAUUCAACCACAAAUCAAAGCACCAUAUGCCUUCCUGUUACAUUGUCCCAAAAUGAAUAUCUAUUACAUUCUAAACAGAAUACUGUAAAACAUUCAGAAUCUUAUAAAUCCUAUUCAAUGAUUUAUCAUUCAAGACGAUCAACUCUGUAUUCUAUGCAUAAGUUUUUACUAUCCUCGUCUAACAUAUUACGGUUGUAUGAUAAACACUCACCAAAUGAUACAUAUCAUUUUGUUGUUGAUAAUAAAACUCAAAAACUAGCUACAACUGACUUUAACAAUAUUAAUUCAUACUAUCAUAAACAACCUUUAGUACAUAUUCAUUUGCAAGAUUAUCGGCCAUGUCUUAAUGGUUAUUGUAUGGCGGGAAAAUGUAUAGAAUCGAAAAGUAAGCGGAUAUUACGAUUUUGGACACCAGUUCAUUAUUCUAAACACAAGAAUCUCGGCACCAUUGCUUGGGACAAUCUGGUAUUUUUCGCAGUCUUCUUAUCACUUAUCGUAUGGAUACCAUUGAGUGCAUGUGUUGCUUACUUAAAUAGGUAUCAUGAACGAAAUUGUUAAUUACUAAUUAAAAAGUUAUGAAUCGACGAGCCACAUAUUCUGUCAAUCAUAUGAGAAACAAUAUUUACCUUCAAGCAGCAUUUUUAGUGAUUCAUAUAUUUUCCACAUAUAAAUAUUUUAAAAGUAUACAACAUUAUUAUAAUCUAUUGAACUUUUUCUCGAUCAGUUUCUAUCUUGUUUAUGAUAUAAUUUGUUAUUGUGUCCUCAUUCAAUCCAAUCUUCUAUCAUACUUUGUAUACAUAAUCUUCCCUAUUGUGUUUUCUUGUUUUCAAAUGUAUAAAAACUGUAGUAUGUAUAUGUAAAAUCUGUUUUUCUUUAUUCUUCUUGUGUGUGCAAUUUUUACUCUUUUUUUAAACUUAAUUUCUUAGGAGUCAGAUUUUUAAGUUCAGUCGCGUGAAAAGUGAGAUAAAUACCGUUGAGUUGUUUGUUUUUCGUUUUCUCUCUUUAAUAUUUCAUCCACUUUGUGCAUUAUGUAUCAAUUUGUUCAUUUGUUCAAUGUCAAAUUUUAUUUUUUAUAUCAAAACUUUGAACAUUUUUCCUCUAAUUUAUGUUUAGUUCUAACUUGUUUUGUAUUACGAUUUGUAUGAGUUUGAGUUUAAGGUAAGAAUACAACGAGAGAUACUUGUAAUAUGAAAGCGGAUGUAAUACGACUAAAUAGGUAUGCCAGAUCGUGAAUACAUUCAAUGAAAGUUUUUAACGAUAACAACUUACAUUCGAGUAAGAAUAGAUGUGAUACAUUUCAGGAAAGUUUUCAUUCCUCAAGAAAUGUCAUUAAGAUAAAUAAACAUAGCAGAGUAUAUAUAUAUACAG